AUGGGUCGAAGAUCACAAUCGGAAAAGAAGAAAGAAGCGCUAGUUGAAGAUGUGACCAGUGGAAAUGUAGAACAGACGGGUUGGAAUAUAGAUCCUUGCAGGAGGCUUAAAGAUUCAGAAAUUCAAGAGGUUGUUGAGUUCACUAGAAUCUUAGACAAUCAUAGGAUGCUGGCUGUUGGUGAUGAACGGGAAUGGAGCUCUAAUCCUCAAGGUACUUUCUCUAUAAGUUCUUGUUAUAAUUGGCUUAUGCAUGACCAGGGAAGAAUUGCUGCUAUAAAAUUUCCAUCUGACUACAUUUGGAAUAAGACUAUUCCACCAAAUAUUAGUUUUUUAGUUUGGGCAGCUGCAAUUAGAGCUGUUCUUACUCUUUCUAUGCUAUCAAGAAGGGGAAUUGUGAUAGAGAAUAUCUUGUGUCCUUUCUGCAAUAGUAGCGAGGAGUCAGUGGAACACCUUUUCCUGCAUUGUUCUUUCGUAGGUCAGAUUUGGGAGCAUGUUUUACAGCAGUUGAGCAUCGUUUGGGUUCAUCCGACGACGGUACUCGAGUUUGUAUGGAAGUGGAAACUGAAGAUAUCUAUCAAGCCUCUAGUUUUUCUGAGAUAUUGUGUGCCGUUUGCUAUAUGGUGGAUUGUGUGGUUGGAAAGAAAUGACAUUCUAAUUGCAAAGAAACAACUGAGAAAACCGAUGAGCACUCUUGUUUUAGACAUUAAAUCGUUGUUAUUUAGUUGGUCCAUCAAUGUUGUUUCUUUUAGGAAUAUCAAGUUUGGGGAUUUUGUUUUCGAUUGGGCGAGUUUGUUUAGAGAGUAA